AUGUUAUCCAAGGGGGCUAAAAAUUGUGGAAUGAGAGACAAACGUUGGACAAUCAGGGACAAAAUAACGCAGUACCGGGGAAUUCUGAAAUUGCACGGACGUGAAAAAAAAUUACGAGCAAUUGAUGCUGGUAGAGCACGGAAACGCACCUCGAGGGAGUUGAAGAUUCUCAGUGGAGAAGUCAAGGAGUAUCGUGGUAUUCUAAACGAGGUUGAGAAUGGCGACAAGAGAAGAAUACACACAAUGUUGCAGGGUCACAAGGACUUUCAGUUGGCGUAUGAAAAUCACAAUCCAGGCACGGUUAGCGAUGCAGUUGACCAGGAUAACUGCCUCAAACGACGUCAAUUGGACAAAUUGUACUACGUCAAGCGAAAAAGAAUGAAGGAAUCCUUUGAUCACAAGCUUGAGUUGACACAUUUGAAAGACGAAUAUGAGCUUCAGUCCCUGGUGCCGGAACCCGACCGCGACCAACAGAGCCUCAUCGCGCUUUAUCACGAAGCCCGGGCUAAUGAGACAGCAGCAAAGGCUGUCAACAGAACGUAUCAAAGCAUGUUAAACAUCCUGGAAAAAGAGACAUUCUGCUUUGACGCAGUAUUGAAGGCCUUGAAGGGGGAUAGAGUGGAACAAUGCACUGUGCUAUUACGCACGACGACCAUGGGUCAACUAGCUGCUGAGGAUCUAGAUGACACGCAUCAGCGUUACAAGAGAAUGGCCAACGAUGUUUGGAGGAAUAUGAAGGAACGUGAGAGAAAUCUCAAAAGGGCGCGGACAAAAGUCAAAAACCUGUGGCAACACGCGCGGUCUCUCGUCAGAGUAGAGAGUGACAUGGACUACGCGGAGAAGCUGAAAGGCAGAAAGAAGUCGGUAGCUGACGAAGAUCUCAAAAAACAAAUUGAGGAACUGGAGGCUACAUUCGAAAGGGUCAAAGACGCGUUAAUGAUACGUUCUUCCGAUGAAAUGUUCACGAGAUUCGAGGAGCAGAAGAGGAAGAAGGAGCGUCUAAUUGGGCAAUUUAACAGGAACCUUGAGGAGCGUGAUUUAUACUUGAAUAAGAAGGAACACGCCUCUGUGAUACUCGCCAAUUUGGAGCACUCUAUGAUUACUACCACUGGCCAAUACAAAGCGAACAAGAAAGAAACCCUCGAGCAGAUAGAGUAUCAAAAGAGAAGAAAAGCGGAUUGCGAGAAAAAAAGGCGAGCCAAGGGUGAAGUAUUAAUUAAUGUACGAAGCGCUUUGUUAAAUAUGCUGGGCUUGCUGGAGGUUGUGAAACGAGGAAAAGGCAGUGGUGGGGGUGGUAAGAAGGCCACAAAGGAUCAUGAUAAAAAGACGAGAGAGAAAGCUAGGCGUAAUGAUGAGAAGGAAAGCGAGGAUGAGAGGUCAAUGCGAUCCUUCAAACCUGACACACAGAGAGUGGAAACAGUCGACACUGACGCGCUUUCUUUGCUUUCUCAAGUAACUAAGAAGAUGAUGGUUCUUUAUGGAAUGAGUAACUUUGAUCUUGAUGAGGAGAGUGAACGGAACGCAAGGACUUUGUAUCAGACUUAUGUUGCUAAUGCGCAUUCGAAAAUGAGAUUUGGAGAUGAGGACGUCGAACCUACUGGAAUCGUUGUGGAGCACCAGGUGAUCGAUACAUCAGUCUUCACUCGAGAGGACAUAAAGAACCGUAGCCAGCAAAUCGUCGAAGCAAAUACACGAUACCAAUGA